CCGGUGUUCAGAGAAAGAGAACAAAAGGUACUUAUUUCUGAAUCUGCGCCUUUGGACUCUCAUUUUCCUCUAGAGGGCGCUUCUGAUGCGGAUAUCGGCGUAAACUCUCUUCUCACCUAUGUGUUAAGUCUAAACGAGCAUUUUGUGCUUAAAAUAAUAAAGAAAAAAGAUAAAAGUAUAUUGCCCGAAUUAGUUCUUCGGAAGUUAUUGGAUAGAGAGGAAACUCCAGAAGUUAAUUUAUUGCUGAUGGUCAUCGAUGGCGGUAAACCAGAGCUAACAGGGUCUGUUCAGAUUCAAAUAAUCAUUCUGGAUGUGAAUGACAACGCUCCGGAGUUUGAUAAGCCUGGCUAUAAAGCAGCGUUGUUUGAAAAUGUCCAAAACGACACGAGAGUGAUUCAACUAAACGCUUCCGAUCUAGACGAAGGACUGAAUAGAGAAAUUUCCUAUGGAAUCAGGAUGAUUUCACCAGUGAGUGAGAAAUGUAUGUUUUCGAUAAAUGCAGACACAGGUGAAAUUAGAAUUUAUGGGAAACUGGAUUUUGAAGAGAAUAAUGCCUAUGAAAUUCAGGUUAUCGCCAUUGAUAAGGGAAUUCCUUCCAUGGCAGGUCACAGCAUGGUGCUGGUGGAAGUUCUGGACCUGAAUGACAAUGUCCCUGAGGUAGUGAUUACUUCGCUGUCCCUACCAGUGCAAGAGGAUGCUCAGGUGGGAACCGUCAUCGCCCUGAUCAGCGUGUCUGACCGUGACUCUGGAGCCAACGGACAGGUCACCUGCUCACUAACACCCCACGUUCCCUUCAAGCUGGUGUCCACCUUCAAGAAUUACUAUUCACUGGUGCUGGACAGCGCCCUGGACCGCGAGAGCAAAUCUGACUACCAGCUGGUGGUGACUGCCUGUGACAGAGGCUCGCCUUCUUUAUCCACCACUGCUGGCGUGUCCGUGGAGGUGGCCGACGUGAACGACAACGCGCCGGCCUUCGCGCAGCCCGAGUACACGGUGUUCGUGAAGGAGAACAACCCGCCAGGCUGCCACAUCUUCACGGUGUCGGCGCGGGACGCGGACGCGCGGGAGAACGCGCGGGUGUCCUACUCGCUGGUGGAGCGGCGGGUGGGCGAGCGCGCGCUGUCGAGCUACGUGUCGGUGCACGCGGAGAGCGGCAAGGUGUACGCGCUGCAGCCGCUGGACCACGAGGAGCUGGAGCUGCUGCAGUUCCAGGUGAGCGCGCGCGACGCGGGCGUGCCGCCUCUGGGCAGCAACGUGACGCUGCAGGUGUUCGUGCUGGAUGAGAACGACAACGCGCCAGCGCUGCUGGCACCUCGGGCUGGGAGCACCGGCGGUGCGGUGACUGAGCUGGUGUGGCGGUCUGUGGGGGCGGGCCACGUGGUGGCGAAGGUGCGCGCGGUGGACGCGGACUCUGGCUACAACGCGUGGCUGUCGUAUGAGCUGCAGCCAGCAGCGGGAAGCGCGCGCAGCCUGUUCCGCGUGGGUCUGUACAACGGCGAGAUCAGCACGACGCGCGCCUUGGACGAGACGGACUUGCCGCGCCAGCGCCUGCUGGUGCUGGUGAAGGACCACGGUGAGCCCGCGCUGACCGCCACGGCCACCGUGCUGGUGUCGCUAGUGGAGAGCAAUCAGUCUCCGAAAGCCUCUUCGCGGGCGUUGGCGAGCGCUGUGGGCCCUGAGGCGGCGCUGGUGGAUGUCAACGUGUAUCUCAUCAUCGCCAUCUGCGCGGUGUCCAGCCUGUUGGUGCUCACGCUGCUGCUGUACACGGCGCUGCGGUGCUCUGUGUCGCCCACCGAGGGCGCGUGCGAGCCGGGCAAGCCCAGGCUGGUGUGCUCCAGCGCGGUGGGGAGCUGGUUAUACUCGCAACAGAGGAGGCAGAGGGUGUGCUCUGGAGAGGGUGCGCCCAAGACCGACCUCAUGGCCUUCAGCCCCAGCCUUCCGCCCUCUAGAGAAGAUUGUUUAAAUCCUUCUAGUGAAGUAAGUCAUUGA